AUGUCGCGGUGGGUUGGGGACAAUGACAAAUCAUCUAUUUCGGCGGUCGAUCAGCUGUCAGAAUGCUUCGAAGAGCUUCUGAAAAAUGGCCAGGAUCUCUCUGAUAUCACGUUCGUCGUGGAUAACAAAGAGUUUUACCUCCACAGAUGCGUUUUGGCGAGCAGAAGUUCUUACUUUCGCGCCUUGCUCUUUGGGGGAAUGCGUGAGUCGCAAGAAGACAAGGUAGAAUUAAGAGAUACAACAGAUGCAGCAUUCUCAAAACUGAUUUUCUUCAUUUACACCGGACGCAUCGAACUUCAACUACUCGACAAAGACCUUGUAUUGGACAUACUCCGCCUCGCCCAUCGAUAUGGAUUAGGAAUCGUGUUGAAACGGUGA